AUGAAAGACCAUUUUAAGCGUCCUGCUUCUGCUUUAGCAACAGAAGAUCGUUACGAUCUUUUGGGAAGAUCUAUCGCAAUGAAAUUAAGAUCAUUAGACAAACGUCAGCGCUUGAUUGCGGAGAAGAUAAUUAACGACACCCUGUUCGAUGCCGAGAUGGGCAAUAUGAAUACCGAAACAAUUCAGAAUCGUCGAAGUUUAACUUUUGUUUCUUCACCAACUCCUAAUCUCUCACGAACUCCAAGUCCUUCGCCCUCACUAGUUCAACAAUAUUAUACACAACCGUAUACUCAUACCGCUUCUGUUACGCCUGAAGUACAACACCCAACAACAAAGGUACACGAUUUCUCCUGCACCGCAAAAUCAGCCCUGCGUAUCUCCAAUUCAACAAUAUAA